GAACACGUGUGUGAUGAGAUUGAAGUGUGUUCCAGAAAUGACUGGCUGAGAAGACUGACCGUGCAAAAGUUUCUCAAAGAUAUUUAAACAUGGCUGCCAUUUACUCUGGCAUUCAACUGAAACUGAAAAACACCCGCACACCCUGGCCAGACAAACUAAAACUUGCUCGAUUUGCAUGGAUAUCAACACAGUGCCUUCUUCCUAAUAAAGAACAGGUUCUGUUUGACUGGACAAAUCAUGCCCUCACUUGCUUUUACAAUAAGAAAGUGGAGAUGCCUCCAGAGGUGGUGGAGGGUUUAUGGACCUACCUCGAUGAUAUCCUUCACAGCAGGAAGCUUCAUAAUGUGCUGAGUCAGGGAAAAACCAUUAGCCUUCGUCUCACAGUAGCACAGAUAAUCAAUGACAGGAUUUUGGAUCAUACUUCAGGACUCAGAUCUGUCAGUUUCCACACCAUUCUGAGCUGUUGCCAUGGUAUCUUGACCUCCCCGGUGCUCUCUGUUAUCUACACUGCUAAGUAUGAGUUAUUAGUGCAGCUUUUGUCUCGACUCUGUGGCUUGACCAGCAUGCAGCUCAGACAACAGAAAUAUGAAGAGCCUCUCUCGCUCAAAGCCUUUGAGGUUCUCCUUGUUGUCCUUAGCAAUUACCUUACAGUGCAGAAACAGCAGGCAAACUCCAACCGAGUGUUUUUUCAGGUAACGGCACACCUUCUUCAUCCACUUCUCCUCCUCAGACACUUACUGAACACUAGAGUAUGGACCGAAAAAGAUGAUGUUAAGAUUCGACAGAAUCUGAGCAAGGAAAUACGGACCAAAGUGGAUGCUGUUCUCCAGUCAGCACUUUUCAUUUCUGAUCAUCUACAGUCUUACAAGGUAGAAGUUUCACCAUCCGAGAAUGAAGCUGGGGAGAGAAAGAGCCACAUAGGAAAAGGCUUGCAAGGCCCUCUCAAUACCAUCCUUUCAAAGAUUUGCAUCCAUGGAGCUAGCGAAGAGGAAGAGGCACUAUUUUAUGCCGUUAAAUCAAACUCUGUCUCCUUGCUAUUUAAAUUUGCCCUAGAUUCUUUUUGUAGAGGUGGAGAGAACAAGCGAGUGAUCUUUCACCUCAUGGCAAAACUCGUUACUGCUUUGGGGUUUACAGAUGAACUAGAUAUUGAUGAGAAUUUCAGAGCAUCAAACUGGGGUAUCGGUUUACUCGCUCUGGAGAACCUCCUGAACUCCUGUUUGGCCGGUGAUAUCUAUAAUGUAGCUGCAGACAGAAUACAACACGGAGAGGUGCAAUUCAAUUUCUACAGGAAACUUGCUCGCCUAUUAUUUAACAAUACACAGAUGGGUGUCCCAGCUUGGUACCGCUGUCUCAGAGCUCUGCUCGCACUGAAUCACCAAAUUCUAGAGCCAGAUUUAGAUGAGCUCCUUUCGGCUGUGUGGGUUGAUGCAGACAACAUGGAACUACGUGUGAGGAAAGCCAGAGAAGCACUUGUAUCUGCCGUCUUACAAACUUAUUCUAAACUCCGACAGCUGCCUAAACUUAUCGAAGAGCUGCUUGAUGUUGUGUGCCGCCCUGCAGCAGAUGAGUUGAGACCGGCUUUGUUGCCCGAAGCAAUACAAAAGACCCUGAGUCAGUGUUUGCUAGACACUCCUCUCAGGCAAAAUCUUGAGAUCUGUGGGCUCAUUUUGAAGAGAGUGCAGUCCUGUCUGCUUCCCCACAUUCAAGAUGAAACAUCGGAUUUGGCACUGAAAGUCUUUUCCAUUAGUUUGCUCCUUCAUGCUGUGCUCUUCAGUUUUAAGACUCUGGACAACAGCACCCCUGUGCCAGUUGUGAAGCAAACGUUAAGUUUGAUGACAGAAAUGCUGAAGGUUGUUGAAGAUUUGUUGGAGCAGAAACUUGCCACCAAAGGUCCUUGGAUGGAGAAGGUCCAAGAGGUGACCCUUCUGCUUGCUCAUACUUGGGUUGAGGCGGAUGCUCUCUUCCAGAUUCACUGUACUAGGUACACAUCACCUGCUGCCUCUCAGAGUAGCUUUUUAGUGGACAAAGCUCUGAUGCUAAAGAACAUCGACAGUCCACUUGGUAAACUAUUACAGAGUUUCCUUGCUCUCCACAAGCUGAAGAUACACUUGCUCAAAUCAUCUAGUGAAACGACAGAGAUGCAGAAAAUGGCUCAGUUUAUUCUGAACAGGGAAGAACUUUCAGUAAUGCACAACCUCGACCAGAUGUGGGACUUUCAGUUUUGUAAUGUGAAUUCCAGCACUUAUAAUGCAGCCCACUGGUUUCUUGUUACCUCCAACCUUCCAUUAAUUGCUCCUUAUCUUGAUCCAAAUGACAGGUCUGUUUUUGCAGAAUGUAUGUUAAAGGCUUUGCUUCAGAGCUUGGAUGCCUCUGGAAGCAAUUUGGAGAACACUGGGAUCUCUGUCUGCUUAAUAUCAAGACAAUUACUUGAGAGUCCUCUUCUUUGUGAGCUCCCUGAAAUGUUCUCAGCUUUGACAAAGUGCAUCAUCAAGGCAUUUUUUGGACUGCUAGACUCAUCGCACAUGCAGCUAAUCUGUCCUUCGUUUUUGAAGCCUCCGGUGGAAAAGGUUGAAGUCAAAGAUGAAGAAAUGGGCAUGACUCCUUCAAUAAAGAGACUCAAAGCUAUUGGACAGGAGAUGUUGGACUCUGUCAAAAUGAAGUCUUCUAUACCUCUAUCUAAAAGACAGAUAGAUUGUCUACUGCAGCUAGUCAAAGUCACAAGUGUCCUGAAUGUUUACGCAAUGUCCCUUGAAGACUAUUUAGAACUUUUUCUGACUUUGUUAACACUGACAUCCACCAUUCAGUGUGUUGAAGACACAAAUCUCUCUGCAUUUAUUGAGUUACUCAAAGAGCUUUUUAGUGUCAUGGCUUCACUCCUGCUGGUCAAAAACUCUCAAACCAUCCUGAAAGUUGUUCACGGAAGUAAUCUCUUAGAGGCAACAAUGACAACCCUUUUCUCUCAGAGCAACAAAGGCCUCUUCAAGGCUUUGGAUGGUCCGACCUGGUUGUCUUUCCUUCAGUCAGUUCAAGAUUUUAUCCAGUCCCUAAUUCAGCUCAUAAUCAACAGGAAAAGCAGCAUAUGCCUCAAUCUGGAGAAGUUUACCUCCUUCAUGGUUGAAUGUAACUUCACUGCAGGAGUUCCGGCUGUAGACACAGGAGAUCUCUUCUCGCUGCAGCUCCAUCUGGUAACUUUAAGCAUGCUUUGCAGAGAAAUGAUGACAACCCUCGGCAAGAACAAACAGCUGGACCAGUCCCUGACUCACUUGUUAGAGAAAGCCACUUCUGUCAUGGAGCCAGCCAUUCAGGCUGUGUUGAUAGGCAAGGGAAGUAGUUUCCUCCGGCAGUCGUUUUCUGUUGAAGUGGUAACGGUCAUGAUCAAGUGUGAACUAGCAAGAGCUUCAAGCUCUAAUGACGACCGCCAGGAAAAAAUAUCCAGUAUGCCAUUCUUUAGGAGCUUUUAUCAGCAGAUCUUAAAAGAACUGUUCCCAUCACCUCGUCCUAUGGACUUUCUCAUUUCAUCAGUUCACUAUCUCUCUGCAUUCUACAUGGCUGCAGAGAAGACCAAAGUGGCAGAUCUUGAAGAUCUCCAUAUUGAGAUUUUGCAGAGUAUCCAAGCGCUGCUAUCAGGAACGUGGAUGUCUCUGACAGACGUGAAGGAGCUGGAGGGUCCAGUGAAGGAGCUGCUUAAUCAACUGAUGUCCAGCUGUUCUCAAGAGCAGUUCCAUCUAUUUCUGCUGAUGCUCAGAGAGGGGCUUGUGGCUGCAAAGGUUGAAGGAGGCCAAUGCACUGAGGUUCUGUCCACAGUGACUUUAAUAAAGCUGCUUGCCUGUUGUCUUUUUCCAGAGCAUUGCUCAAAGGCUUUUUGGCUCAUCACCCCACAAAUAAUAUCCAGCCUCAUUUUUAUAAUAAAGGAAUCCAGCAAACUCCCCUCUCUGACCCGUGUGCUGACAGUACCAGCUCUCGAGGCCCUGACCGUCCUGCUCCGGCAGGGUAAAGCACAAAUCUCCAACCCACACCAUGUGAUUGUGGUUUUGGGCGCACUGCAGCUUGUGCCUCUCGAUAGUCAUUGCAUGGAGGACUAUCAUUCUGCUUUUGAGGCCGUCCAUGAAGCUCUGUUUGCAAUUAUCCACUGCUACCCUCAGGUGAUGCUGAAGGCUUCUCCCACCUUCCUGAAUUGCUUUUAUCGCUUGGUUUCUUCAGUCAUGCAUGAAGGGAGACAGCGGGGUGACACUGACAGAGCUUCUGAGAAAGACAGAGAGAGUCUUCUGAAGUGUGCUAGGCUGGUGGAGAGGAUGUACACUCAUGUUGCCAGUGCUGCUGAAGAUUUCACUGUCUUGUCCUCUUUCAUGGUCGCGCAAUAUGUCAGUGAACUGCAAAGGGUGACGCUUCAGCCAGAAAUCAAGGCACAUCUAACAGAGGGAAUAUACUGCAUUCUGGACCACUGUGUUGAACAAGACAUCAAGUUUUUGAACACCACCCUUCAAAUGGGCGUCAAAGAGGUCUUCAAUGAACUGUACAGUAGUUACACACACUAUCACAAAUCUCAAAGGCAAGGGGAAGAAAAGUACACUGUUUGAUAAUUGUAUUCAGUGCCCUAAAUAGUUUGUGUCAUGGAAAAAUACUAUUUGGUAAUUUUUACUUCUGAUUAAUCUCUUAUAGUUGAAUAAAUGUUAAAGACGGGGGUAAAAACAGGUGUCGGUUCAUCCAAAAAAUGAAAGCUGAAAAUAUUUAGCUGUGCGUAUGUUUUUUUGCAAACCUGUAUGUGUAAAAUGUUCUUUUGUCCACACUAAGAAAUGCAGUAGGCUCUGUUGUUUAAUUUCCAAUGUUUUAAAAAAUAUCAUGUUCUUAUUAAAGGAAAAUUCAUACAGGUUUGAAAUGCCAUAAGGGUAAAUAAUUGAUGACCAAAUGUUCGUUGUUGAUUAAAAAAAUGUAUUGACUGAAAAUGGCAUUUCCAGUUUUUGGCUGAAAGAGGAACUGCCAAAAAUAUGAGCUGAGAAAAAAAGAUUACGCAGCAUCGCUUGACUUUCACACCGAAGGUAGAAAGUGCUGCUUUUGAAUGGGCUGACCAAAGUGCAAGUGUACCCAUACAGGCCCGUACCCGGGGUUCAAGUGGUUCAGAAGACCCACCCCUCACUGACAAAGGUCCAGAAUUUGUCCCAUACAUGACCUCAUUUGUCCUAUUUUGACUGCUAUGCCAUUUCGGUGAAAAUAACCUAUUGAAAAUACUUUAAGACCAAGCAGAAUCCAGUUUUGGCCAAUGCUAUUGCUAACAAAUAUUUUUCAAGAGUUCAACAUCCAGCUGUGCAAGAAAACAUACAAUCUGACGUAAGAGAAGUCAUCUUUCCCUACUGUCUAGUUGAGAAAACAUUUUACAAGUAACUUUUAUUUUAAAUCUUUGACCUUAUUCUUGAAACAGAAAGUGACUGAUAAAAAUAUAUGAAGCACCAAAGCGGACCAUUUUAAAAUUGAUUUGAAUACCAUUUUGGCUAUAAUAGUAAAAAGUGUGGUUAUGAUGAUCAUCCGACAAGCUAUAUCAGAAUAGGGCGUAAAAUGUAGUAUUUCAAUUUCAUAAUUAAAUAGAAAAUGAGGGUUAUAACUGCAAAAAGGUCUACUGUUUAAGAAAAAGAACCACCCCUUUGACCUGCAUGGCUAUGGGCCUGUCAUACACAUUUCUAUACAUGUCUUGCACACAGGACUUGACAUUAACACCCGCCAACCUGCCAUUUGCUGGUAGAUUUCAGCUGUGGUGGCUAAAGGCUGAUUUAUACUUCUGCAUUAAGCAUACGCAUAUGCUCUGGUGCAGCAUUUGCACGGUUGCAUAGCCAUCGGCAUGGCUGACGCCAAUGCUGAUGCACACCUCUCAAAAAAUGUUGCAACGACGUGUUGCGCAAGCUCUGUGAUGGUCCGGCUUGGUAACUGUGACCCGCGUGGGCAGGACAGAGAGCCGCACGAACCUGUUGGAGUGAAUGUUUACAAGUGUCCAGUCCCGUGAAGUAGCUCUAGAUCAGGGGUGCCCAAACUUUUUCUUAUGAAGGGCCAAAAACCAAACUUGAUUGAGGUUGGCGGGUUAAAGGUAAAUAUACCAAACUGUUAUAUGUUAAAGAUUCCAUGGUAAAUAUCUAAUUUAUUAAUAUUUAAAGUUGUCUUGAGCAUUAUCCGCUAUCCAUUAAGUAACGGAAUUUACAUUUUAACAUAAAAAAA